AAUUGGGUUGUAUGUAUGUAAAUGCCCAAAGUUUUCUUGUUCAACGAGGAGGGUUUUAGUUAUUUGGUACGAGUUCAGAGGAUCUGAAGUCUUCUCCGGCGAUGCUCUUGCGGAGGUUCUGCACCUCCGUCGCUCGAACCCAAACCCAUUAUCUUCUCUCCAGAUUCACUCCAAAACCUAGCUCUAGGUUUUCGCCUGACAGAAACAGCCUUCCAUUUCUGAAACAGAAGGAGAGCUUCGGUUGCUCUUUCAUGGCUUCCACUUCCCGUUCCGACGACGUACGGCGGAAAGAUUACGUUCCACUGCCUCCUGAUUCGGCCGAUAAGUCUGAAUUGUUGAAAGGGCUUGAAGCAACUUUGGGUUCACCUUUCAGUUGUGAUCCUCUUGCACCUCCUGCAAAUCCGGUGAUAAUUGUAAUCAGCGGUCCGAGUGGUGUAGGCAAGGAUGCAGUUAUAAAGAGGCUGCAAGAGGUUCGUGAUGGAAUUCAUUUUGUCGUGACAGCAACAAGCAGAGCGCGACGGCCCGGCGAGAUCGAUGGGAAGGAUUAUCAUUUUGUCUCAAAGGAAGAGUUUCUUGCCAUGAUUGAAAGAAAUGAGCUUUUGGAGUAUGCUCUAGUUUAUGGAGAUUACAAGGGAAUUCCAAAACAACAGAUCAGAGAUUUUAUGGCCAAAGGCUACGACAUUGUUCUUCGAGUCGACGUCCAGGGUGCGGCUACCUUGAGGUCGAUACUAGGCAAUUCCGCCAUCUUCGUCUUCCUGGUCGCCGAGAGCGAGGAGGUUUUGGCGGGGAGGCUCGUGGAUCGGAAGACGGAAACGAGCGACAUGCUUCUCGUGAGGAUUGCGACAGCAAGAGAGGAGGUGAAGUCAAUGAGAGAUUUCGACUACGUCGUCGUCAAUGCCGAGGGUAAGCUCGACGAGGCGGCGAAGCUUGUUGAGUCCAUUAUUGAUGUAGAGAAGGCUAGAGUGAAGCAGCGUUCUGUGAGGUUAUAGAUUUAGGAGGCUGCUUUCUUCUUGUUGUAGUU